AUGGCCGCGCCUCCAGCUCGCCGCUCUCCGUUCUACACGCUCGAAGAUGCCAAGAUUAGCUUUAACAUCUUCUGCUGCUUCUGUGGUAUUGGCUCGCUGUCAAUGCCAUCCAACUACGCGCGCGCGGGGCCGAUCUACGCUACGGUUGCUCUACUUCUGAUGGCGUUCGUAAACAUCUACGCGACUAUCGCUCUGUCCAAGGUCAUCAACGCAGCACCGCCGUCCGUCAAAACAUUCACGGAUGUCGGUGCCUGGGUGUUUGGCAUCACAGGUCGCUAUGCUGUCAUGAUGUCGCAGCUGUUAGUGUGCCUACUGCUACCGUGUGCUUUCUUGGUACUCGGCAGUAUGCUGCUCGACGUGCUGUUCCCCGAUUCGUUCAGUCAGAUCUUCUGGAUGGUCUUCAUGGCUGUCACGGUCAUCCCAGUGUGCCUGAUCCCCACCUUGAAGGAGGCGUCUUCCGUUGCGCUUAUGGGGUGCCUCAUUUCCAUUCUGGAAUGGGAGAUGCGGGGUCACCCGUCGAUCCCGAAGCCUGAUGUGUCACUCCACCAAGUG